AUGCAGGCGAAAACAGUAAACCAGUCAGAACCAAAGGGUAACUUUGACAAAGAGAUGAGCAAAAGCCCAAACGUCAAAAGCAAAUACGACACAUGGAUACUCCAUCCAAAACAAAUUGAAAAAAUAUUCGAUAAAAACCCUUUAAAACAAGCACUUAUAGGAUCAAGUAACUGCGAUAGUGUAAAUCAAAGCCGCGUCACAAGCUGUAGCAGCUACACUCAUCCCACAAGUUCAUCAAAUCCCAAACGAAAGCAUCAAGACCCAAGGUUAUCUGCAAACAAAGAUACAGAAACGCAGUCAACCAGUACCCAAAACACGACAGAAAUGUGUAAUUUUGAUAAAAAGGCAUGGAACAUUGCGCAUCUGCCCCUCAAAACCAUGGGAAUGACAUUCCUCAUGUUAUACAUGAGCGGAAACAACGCCGGAAUCUUCAGCAUACUCAUCGUAAGUUAUGCACUUGUCAAUGCAGUAAAAAUAUUGAUCCAAGCCAACAAAAACUUUCUUGAAAUCGAGCGUGCUGCAAGAAAAUCGUUCGCCAUCCAAAAAACAGUAUACUGUAUAUACUCACUCCUCGGAAUAGCUUUCAUUCUCUUUAAACUAGGCACAAUGGGGCUCAUUCCCGUCAACCGCGGAGACUUCUUUUCCGACACUCCAUCUCACACAUUUCCAGCGUACGCAAUUGGUACUUGA